GAGCUUAUCGAGCCCUUCCUGCGCUUAGAGAAGCCUUUCUCUGGAGCUGGCCUGACCUUCGGUGUUGCAGCAUGCACUGACGCUGCCUUCAAGUUGUAUAACGACCUGCUCUCCACAACUGCAGACAGCUGGAAAGCAGUGUUCGACAAGGGCUUGACAGGCUCGGCGGCAAACGCCGAGGUAUGGCAAGCUGUGGCUGCCACCAUUCGGGGCAAGGGGAACUCCAACGAGUCCAUCCCAGCCUGUGAGAAGCUCGCGGAGGUGUUCCAGCGUCUCGCAGUCACGCAGCUCCGCUUCCUCUCCCAGAAAAAGAUGCACAUUGUCGCUGUGUGGUGCAUCAGCGCAAGCGGACGGCUGGGCCAUGAAUUCCGAACUUCCGUGGACCAG